AUGGACAUCUUCUCUACUGAGAACUUAAGCUUCAGUCCAACUGCAGCUACUCCUCGAAUCUCGUUCUCACAUAAUAUCGAUAACUCAUCCAUUGAAAGCUACCCAUACCGAUCCAACUCCAGUCCAGAUUUCGACUUUUGCUUUACCAGUGUUUCCAUCCAAAAUGAAGCUUCUUCUGCUGAUGAACUUUUUAGCAAUGGCUUAAUCCGUCGCUAUAACAGUGAAGAGAAUAUCUUGCUCGACAAGAAUUCUUCUGCUUUGAAACAUGUUACUUCAGCCACAACUAAUCAGUCACGGAUGGAAGAAAAGCCGAAAGAGUUUAUUUUUGUAGAAGGGUGUGAAGGAAACCACUCGAAAUCUUUUUGGAGGAUCAAGAGAAGUAGCAGUCUUCAUUGUGAGAGCACGAAACCGAAGAGUUCAUUUUGGUCAUCACUGCCACUUCUAUCUCGAAGUAACUCAACUGGGUCUGUAAUGAAAGACCGUCAGAAAAAGCAGAAUACCUCCCAAAAGCAAAGCAAUAAGAACUCGUCAAUGGCUGUUGUGAGUAAUAAUAAUGGUUAUUCGUCAAUGAAGCCGCCAUUGAAGAGGAACUAUGGAGGAGGAUAUGACUUUGGGAUUCGAGUCAGUCCAAUUCUUAAUGUGCCACCUCCUUUCAUUUCCAAAAGUGUUGCGAAUAUCUUGGGAUUAGGUUCUUUGUUUCGUCAUGACAAUGAUCACAAGACCAAGAAAUGA